UAUGUUAAGCACACCAUCAGGCUAUCUUGAACAGAUAAAUUGUGGUAGCUUAUUUUUUCCUGAGCAAUGCACACGUUUUCCAUUUACAAACAUUAAUAUGACCGGGCACAGUGGCUGAUGCCUGUAAUCCCAGCACUUUGGGAGGCUGAUGCAGGCAGAUCACUUGAGGCCAGGAGUUUGAGACCAGCCUGGUCAACAUGGCAAAACCCCAUCUGUAUGAAAAAUAUAAAAAUUAGGUCCAAUAUGGCGGCACCCAGUGGCAGUGUGAACUGUAAGGAGUUUGCACACUUCCAGGAAUUACUCAAGGUGAUGAGGCCUAUCGAUGACAGAAUAGUACAUGAAUUAAACACUACAGUUCCAGCAGCUUCCUUUGGAGGGAAAAUUGAUGCCAGCCAAACCUGUAAACAACUUUAUGAGUCUUUGAUGGGAGCUCAUGCCAGUAGAGACAGAGUCAAAAAAAAUUGUAUAGCCCAGACUUCGGCAGUAGUAAAAAACCUCCGAGAAGAGAGAGAAAAGAAUUUGGACGAUUUAACGUUAUUAAAGCAACUUAGAAAAGAGCAGACAAAGUUGAAAUGGAUGCAGUCAGAACUGAACGUUGAAGAAGUGGUAAAUGACAGGAGCUGGAGGGUGUUUAAUGAACGCUGCUGAAUUCACUUCAAGCCUCCAAAGAAUGAAUAAAGAGAGAUUCUUUUUUUUUUUUUUUUUUUUUUAAGGACUGGGUCAUCUCGUAAGAGCUAAGCAUGACAGAUAUCAACAGG